GAUCCUCAAGCCCCCAUGAGGGUCACCUGCUCAGGGCACCGCGGUUCUGGCCCCUGAGUGCAGAACUUCAGGCGUGCGUGUGUGGCGGUCCCCUUUCUGACACGCUGUGUGAUAAGUUUGGAGUGUUAAAGGCCGUGGGCGCGGCACGUGCCGAUCCUGAUGGGCGCACACGAACCGGAGCAUUAGGGAAACAUGGGGUUGGCGUCCUCUCUGCAGGGACAGGACAUUAAGGAGGAGUCAACCGUCUGGGUCAGCUGGGCCGACAGUCCGCAUUCUGGGAACCAUGGAGGGCUGUGAACAAUCAGGAAGAUGCUCGAGUUUUAAAGUAUUUCAGAGGAGAACUGACUGGGGAGGGGGUGAUGAGGUGGAGACAGGGAGGCCUGGGAGAGGCUUCUGCGUUAGACUCCAGAGAGUGGGGUGGUUUCCGGACGACUCUAGUGACUUUGGAAGUUGCCGACGUGAAACAAUUCGACUGCCCCCGUUUCUUUUGUGAAGAUGUCUCCCCGCUCAGGAGCAUCAGGGAUUUGCAGUUUGGGUGCGCGGCUAUUGCAGCAGGCAGGUCGCUAGGUAUGAGCAGAGAAGUGGGGGCAGGGGGGCCUGCGUCUUGCAAAUGGCACGGACCCGAAGGCAGAGGAAAGCAGGAACCUCCAGACUGACAGGAAAGCACAGAUCUUGGGUGGGCCAUGUGACCUUUGAGGACGUGGCAGUGUCCUUCUCCCAGGAGGAGUGGGGGCUCCUCGGCGAGGCUCAGAGACUCCUGUACUAUGAUGUCAUGCUGGAGAACCUGUCCCUGGUAGCCUCCCUGGGUUGUUGGCAGGGAGGAGAAGCUGAGAAGUCCAUUUCUAAACAGUGUGUUUCUGUAGAGCAAGUGACACGAGACAGGAAUCCACAGCCAGACCCUUCUAUCUUGAAGACUCUCGCUUCCAGUGUGUGUGCCCUGGUAGAGAAAGAUGUUCUGUACCUGGCUGACACUGUGUUCAGGUACGGAGAGAUUGAGAAGACUUUCCUUGGCAGCCUGGCCUUUCUCCAGCACUAUUCUUCCCACGAUGGACAGCCUCCAUACAGAAGCAGGCAGAGGAGAGAGGUCUCUCACUCUGGGCAAGGACAUUACAAGUGCAGUGUAUGUGGCAAAGCCUUCAGUAAGAAGUACAAAUUCACGGAGCACUGGAGAGUUCACACUGGAGAAAAACCUUAUUUGUGCAGUGACUGUGGGAAGUUCUUUAGACAGAGCUCCAGUCUUAUUCACCAUCGUAAAGUUCACACAGGAGAAAGGCCUUAUGAGUGCUGUAACUGUGGGAAAGUCUUUGUCCACAAAUAUAAACUUUUUGAACACCAGAGAACCCACACUGGAAAAAGACCCUAUGAGUGUACUGAAUGUGGGAAAGCCUUCGCCCGCAAGGAUUCACUUGUCCAGCAUCAAAAAAUCCACGCUGGAGAGAAUCCUCAUAAGUGCAGUGAGUGUGGGAAGUGCUUCCUGUACAGAAAUAACCUUCUUGCUCACCAGAGGAUCCAUACUGGAGAAAAGCCUUAUGGGUGUAGCAAAUGUGGUAAGUCUUUCAUCUUCAAAAUAAGGCUGCUUUAUCACCAGCGAGUCCACACUGGAGAAAAACCUUUUAUGUGCAGUGAAUGUGGGAAAGCCUAUGUCUACAAAGGAAGUCUUGUUGUGCAUAAGAGAAUUCAUACUUUGGAGAAGGCUUAUGGGUGUAACAAAUGUGGAAAAUUGUUUACAACCAGUUUCGCCCUCAACAGACAUGAGAAUAUUCACACUGCACAAAGGCAUUACCAGUGCACUGAAUGUGGGAAAGCUCUCAAUGGCAAAGUUAAACUCGAUGAGCACCAGAGAACCCACACUGGAGAAAAACCCUAUAAGUGUAACAAAUGUGAGAAAGCCUUCAUGCGCAAGGCUACACUUGUUCAACACCAAAAAGUCCACACUGGAGUAAAGCCUUUUAAAUGCAGUGAAUGUGGGAAGCCCUUCACUUACAAAACAAGUCUUGUUGUCCACCAGAGAAUCCAUACUAGAUGAAAGCCUCAUGAGCAUAGUUCUUUGUAGGCAGCUCCAAGUUCAUAAAAAACAGGAAAGUUCACACUUGGGAAGUGCCCUUCUGAACUUAGGCUUGCCUUCAUUCAAGUUAACAUCUGGUAGCACAACUCCUGUGUUGUAGAGUAGGUGGAUGUACAACUUGCGUGGGGUCACUCAACCUUUUCUAAAGUGGUUAAAUCUUUUUACAGUCUCACCAGAAGCACUAAAAUCCAAGUUUCUGUUCUUUCCAUUCUUGCCAACACUUGGUGUGUUUGGGCUUUCUCAUUUCUGUGAUGUCAUAGCUGUAUCCAGCGAUUUGAAGUAGCAUUUUCCUAUUGUCAUGAUGCUGAGUCAUUUUCAAUGUGUUAAUUUCCACCCAUAUAUCAUUAUUGAAAUUGCUGUUCAUAUGAUUUGCCCUCUUAAUUACUGACUUGAUGUUUCUUCAUGGAUUAUUGAUUAAGGUACUCUACUGGAAAUAUUUACCAGUAUUCCUCCAGACUUGGUCAUCUCAGUUCAGUCACAUUUCCAGAGAAAGAGUUUUAUUUUUUUUGGCCAUGCUGCUGGGCAUGAGGGAUCUUAGUACCCCAACCAAGGAUCACACCUGUGCCUCCAACAGUGGGAGCACAGAGUGCUAACCACUGUACCACCUGAGAAUUCCCAAGACACUUUAAUUUUAGUGUAGUUUGUCUGUUUAUUCUUUUACUGAUUAUUCCUUUGGUAUUGUAAAUAAGAAAUGUUUCCCAAAUUUAAAGACAGAAUUUUUCCUAUAUUUCCUUCUGUAACUUUUAAAUUUAGGUUUCUUAAUGAUAUUAAUAAGCCAUCCUCAGUUGAUUUGGAAAGUUAUUUUUUAAAAAAUAUGGAUACCCAAUUGCUGCAGUGACAUUGAUUUAAAAUAGUAUAGCUUAUUUCUUAAAUUGCUUUAGUAUUUUCAUGGAAGGUCAAUCAUGUAUGUGUAUGUCUAUUUCUGGACUUUCUCUUCAGUUGCAUUUAUCCACUUUAUGCCAGUACUUUCAUGUGUUGAAUAAUUUACUUUUAACAAUAAUAUGUCUUGAUCUCAAGGUUGUGCACUCCUUGGACUUUCUUUUUUUUUUUUUUUUCUUGGACUUUCUUUAUCCAAGUUAUUAUGGCCAUUCUUUGUCCUUUGCCUUUCCAUAUGAAGUUUGUUUGGCUGCUUAGCGUAUGGAAUCUUAGUUCUCUGAGCAGGAAUUGAACCUGUACCCUUGGCAAUGGAAGUGCAGAGUUCUAACCACUGCAUUGCCAGGGAAUUCCCCCGUAUGAAGUUUAGAAUCCACUUUUCAAUUUGUGCAUAACAAAAAUUCCCGCUAGAAUUUUGAUUGGGAUUGCAUUUAAUCUUCAGUAUGGUGAUGCAGUGGUAAAGAAUCUGCCUGUCAAUGCAGGGGACCUAAGAGACUUGGGUUCCAUCCCUGGGUUGGGAAUAUCCCCCGGAGUAGGA